GUAGCGUGGUAAGGUAAAGGCUGAGGCUUCUUCCUCUCCAUUUCCACCAAUUGUAGAGAGAGAAAGCGAAAUAGAGAGAUUGCAGAGAAGAGCACUUGUCGUUCUCUUUCUCAGACGACUCAGAUUGCUUCAACCCCAUACUUGGCGCUUCUCUUCUUCAACGCUUUCAACACUUCCUCUUCAACAAUUUCCAAAUGCAACCUUCUUCAAUCAAUCUCUUCUUACUCUCAACAACAACGCUGUAACGCAAUCUCUGUAACACAAAACAAUCUCUUCUUCCUCUUCUUCUUCCUUCUUCCUUCUUCCUUCUUUCCUUCACUCUUCCAUGGCUUCCUUUGCUGUUUCUUCUCCUUUCUGUACUUGGCUUGUUGCCGCUUGCAUGUCUGCUACUUGCUUCAAGGACCAUUCCCUCAAUGCCUCAUCCAUCCCCCAUUCUUCUUCCAAGACAAGAUCGACAUCCACCUCCAGAAGGAAGAACUCCCUCUCUAAAUGUUAUACUAUUACUUCUCAAUUCAAUACCGGAUUGAUUUCUUCUUUCCGUGGAUUCAAUAUUCAUGACCUUAUGAACUCUUGUCUCGCUUUUGAACCUUGCGAUGACUACUGUAACAGUCGUUAUGCGCUUUCUUCUCUCGCUUCAUUAGGCAAUAAUGGUUUCUCUUUACUUUUUCGACCUAACUCUCUUCCUGUUAACCGCCGCCAGAGACGUGCGAAUCGGGUUUCACGUUCAGGUGAGACUGUCGCUGUAGCUGUUCAACCAGCUGAAGAUGUGGGAAGCAAAAAGAAACACCAUACAAAACAAAGAAGAGUAGUUGUCACUGGAAUGGGUGUGGUGACCCCCUUGGGGCAUGAUCUUGACGUCUUCUACAAAAAUUUGCUUGAGGGUGUCAGUGGAAUUAGCGAAAUCGAGGCAUUUGAUUGUUCCCAGUUCCCCACAAGAAUUGCUGGAGAGAUUAAAACUUUCUCUACCGAUGGAUGGGUUGCACCAAAAUUCUCCAAGCGGAUGGAUAAAUUUAUGCUUUACAUGCUUAUUGCUGGCAAGAAAGCCCUAGAGGAUGGUGGAUUUACAAAAGAGCUUGCAGAAGAGUUGGAUAAAACUAAAUGUGGAGUACUGAUUGGUUCGGCAAUGGGAGGCAUGAAGGUCUUUAAUGAUGCAAUUGAAGCGUUGCGAAUUUCAUACAAGAAGAUGAAUCCUUUCUGUGUUCCGUUUGCAACUACUAACAUGGGUUCUGCCAUGCUAGCUAUGGAUCUGGGAUGGAUGGGCCCAAACUAUUCAAUUUCUACAGCUUGUGCUACGAGCAACUUUUGUAUACUAAAUGCUGCUAAUCACAUAAUUAGAGGCGAAGCUGAUGUAAUGCUCUGCGGAGGUUCAGAUGCAGCAAUCAUACCCAUUGGUUUGGGAGGUUUUGUUGCUUGCAAUACACUUUCACAAAGAAACAGUGAUCCUACCAAAGCUUCACGGCCUUGGGAUAUUAAUCGUGAUGGAUUUGUUAUGGGGGAGGGAGCUGGAGUUUUGCUUCUAGAAGAAUUAGAGCACGCGAAGCAACGGGGUGCUCAAAUCUAUGCAGAAUUUCUUGGUGGAAGUUUCACUUGUGAUGCUUAUCAUGUGACCGAACCACACCCUGAUGGGACUGGAGUUAUUCUCUGCAUGGAGAAGGCAUUAGCUCAGUCUGGAAUAUCUAAGGAAGAUGUGAAUUACGUAAAUGCGCAUGCAACAUCUUCGCUGGCUGAAGACGUCAAAGAAUAUCAGGCUCUUGUACAUUGUUUUGGCAAGAACCGUGAGUUAAGAGUGAACUCCACGAAGUCUAUGGUUGGCCACUUACUAGGGGCUGCUGGUGCUGUUGAGGCUGUUGCCACCAUACAGGCCAUAAGAACAGGAUGGAUCCAUCCAAAUAUUAACUUAGAAAACCCAGAUAAAGGAGUGGACACAAAUAUACUUGUGGGCCCAAAGAAAGAAAGAUUGGAAAUCAAGGUCGCUCUGUCCAACUCCUUUGGCUUUGGCGGCCACAAUUCAUCCAUCUUAUUUGCCCCAUACAAGUGAAACACUUAAACUGAAAUGAGAGUCGUUCAGCCUAUAAUGUGUACAAGUUGCUGACUGUUGUGGGGAUAUUCGCCAUGUUGUCUGUUGAUUGUUUCAUAAGACAUACAGCAACGCAAAUCGGUUGGCCGUUCAAUCGCUUGUGAUCGAGCAGGAUACAGGCCAAUGACCGUCUGGGUAAACAUUAGAACAUUUUCCAAACCAGUUGUGUAGUACUAUGUUAAUUUUGACGAAUUAAGGUAGCGUCUACGGCGUUGAUAAACAAGACCCAAAAAAACCAAAAAAAAAAAAAAAACAAAAACAAAAACAAAAAGACUAAAAACCAAUCCCUUUUGAUCUGCAAUAUUUUCCAUGUAGAUGGAACCGCUAAUUGAAGAGUUGUUUUCAUUGUCCUAAUCGCAUUGUAUAAGCAUCUUUGAGGCUAAAUAAUUCCUUUUGAUUUAUUUGCCUCA